GAGUGGAGUUGAAGACACGCCACUGUAUCUUGAGGGUCAACGAUUGCGUGGUGGUGGGUGGCAGAGGCAGCGUCUCCGGGGCCCCAGGUACGUUCCUCAAAGUCUGAUUGCUUCGAGGUGGGACAGACAAAGGAUCUCUUUCACACGCCAAAAAAUGGGCAUCAUACACCAAGAUGAAGAAGAAGCUCUGAUUCUUUCAAGCUCAGAUCAAACUCAACACUUCCACCAACCUUUGCUUCAAGAGCCCAAGUUGAUUUCCAAAGCCUGGGAUGAAUCAAAGAAGUUAUGGUUUGUUGCGGGACCCUCCAUCUUUAGCCGCCUUGCCAUGUUCUCCGUGACUGUCAUAACUCAAGGAUUUGCCGGUCACCUUGGUGACCUCAAUCUCGCUGCCAUUUCCAUUGCCACAACUGUUAUCAUCUCCAUUGCUUUUGGAAUCUUGUUAGGAAUGUCUACCGCACUUGAGACUUUAUGUGGACAAGCGUACGGAGCAAAGCAGUAUCAUAUGCUGGGUGUUUACUUACAACGUUCAUGGAUUGUUCUCUUCAUUUGUUCCAUUCUUUUACUACCUUUAUUUAUUUUUGCUGCUCCAGUCUUAAAGCUCCUGGGACAACCAACCAACGUGGCUGACCAAACGGGUUUAGUUUCUAUUUGGCUGAUACCAUUUCACUUGAGCUUACCAUUCCACUUCACACUGCAAAAAUUUCUACAGAGCCAACUGAAGACUGCUGUGAUUGCUUGGGUUUCUGGGAUUGCUCUUGCAGUUCACUUGUUAAUAAGUUGGGUUUUUGUUUACAAGUUGGGAGUUGGGGUUGUUGGAACUGCCAUCACCCUUGAUUUCUCCUGGUGGUUGACUGUUGUGGGACUCUUUGUUUAUGCUGUUAGCGGUGGUUGUCCACUUUCUUGGACUGGUUUCUCUGCACAGGCUUUCUUUGAGCUUUGGGAUUUUUUCAAGCUCGCUUUGGCCUCUGGUGUUAUGGUCUUUUUGGAGAACUUUUAUUACAGAAUAUUAAUUAUAGUGUCCGGAUAUUUGCACAGUACAGAAACUGCAAUUGCUGCUCUUUCAAUUUGUAUAUCAAUCUCUGCUUGGGAAUCCAUGAUCCCGUUGGGGUUUUUAGCUGCAACCGGUGUGCGUGUAGCAAAUGAGCUUGGUGCAGGCAAUGCCAACGGUGCCAAAUUUGCAACUAUAGUAUCACUGAUUACAUCUUUAGCAGUUGGAUUUUUCUUUUGGUCAAUUAUUAUGGCCUUUCAUGAAGCACUUGUCAUGAUCUUCACCUCAAGUACACAUGUUAUUACAUUGUUUAAUAAGUUCUCAACCUUAUUGGCGUUCACCAUUCUUCUCAACUGCAUCCAACCAGUUCUUUCAGGCGUGGCAGUCGGAUCUGGCCGGCAAGGUGUGGUGGCAUUUGUGAACAUAGGCAGCUACUAUUUAGUUGGAGUUCCUCUCGGUGUCUUCUUCGGAUGGCUUCAAUUCGGUAUCGAGGGUAUCUGGGCUGGAAUGAUAUGUGGAACUGUGGUUCAGACAUUGAUACUAGUUAUCAUAACAAUGAAAUGCAACUGGGAAAUGGAGGCACAAAAGGCUCGAAGUCACAUAUCAAAUGCAACAGCUCCCUACCAAUAAAGAAAUUAUUAGAUGGACCCGGCUUGUCACGUCAUCCGUGGUCUCAACUAAUAAGAUCCAUCCAUCUCAAGAUAACUUCCAAAUAACUAUCCACUCCUUUUUUACAUGUAGGAAAAAGGUGAAGAUUCAACUUAGAAAAAAAUAAGGUGGAUGGAUCUUAUUUGUUAGGACCACGGAUAACGUCGUGAGCCAGGUCUAUCUAAUAAUUUUUCCUGCGAAUAACAACAUUUUUAAGUGUGAUCUUACGAGAUUUUGUUACAAUUCUGUGUGUUGGUUUUUCUUAUGCUUUAUUCGUUUUCAUAUGCAUCAGAUCAUCUGAUCCAUAGGGAUGGACCGAUGGGAAAUAGAUGGGCAAUUGUCUAAAU